UCAAUACACUGGUGACCGCGCUUAAUCAAAUAAAAAUCAAUUAGUUGUCUGUUUCACGUUAAACAUACUCAUUCUGUUUAAGUCAACUUGAUAAACAGAUUUGGAUUACUUUUAAAUCACUCUGAGAGGAACGAUCUUCAACAUCCUUAUACAGCUUAUUGAAACAAAUCCUGUACACGAUAUUAGAGAAUGGCUCAUUUUGGAUAUCUACAAAAACACGUUGAAGAAUAUUCUGACUUAUCGUCAUGCAGCUCAUCAGCAACGUCAAACAUAAGUGACUAUACUGGAGAAGAAAGAAAUGAAACUAUAUGGAGUGGGCUAGCUGGACAAUCAGGAGCAAAUCUUACUAACAUGUCCUGCUGCACUUCAUCUGAUCAAUCUCUUGAUCAACGUUCAAACAAUCCAACUGCUUCAUUUCCAACUCAAUCAGGUUAUACAAAUCAUGGAAAUCAUGGAAAUACUACUCACACUGCACCAUAUUUACCAGGUACAGCUGCCUAUCAAGUGGAUUAUACAAGUCAAAUGCCGAAUUCUUAUAUUCCUGGCAAUCCUGGUUUGCAACAUACACAAACAAAUUAUGGUAAUCCAACUGUACCAGCAUCAGGUGGAUUUUCGUUUGAUAGAAGUGAUUCAAUGAGCACAAGUCAACAAUCCAUAUUUCUAAUGUUUAACGAUUUUCCUACUCUUAUCUCAUCUCAGUUGAAUGAGUUUUCUGGCACAAGAACAGUAUUCGGUUAUGCUGAAUCAGUUCCACACGAAGAUAUAGGUGAACCUACAUCAAGACCUAAACAGAAUUUCUGUGUUGAAUAUGACUGUGACCGUAUAAAGAAAGCGAUGGAUGCAAUGAUACGGAAAGAGAAAGUAGUAGUUGAAGUGAUGGCUGGUCGAUCAGUUGAUCAACGUGUAGCGAUUGUACAAAAGUAUCAAUCAAUGUACAAAGAAGAUUUAUUUGCCAGAUUUAAAUCUAUAACAAAUGGAAAUUUAAGAGAAUGUUUAGUCAAGUUGUGUUAUACACCAGAAGAAUUUGACGCAGUAGAACUUCGUAGAGCAAUGAGAGGUGUCGAUACUGAUGAAGAUACAAUCAUUGAAAUUCUUUGUUCGAGAACAAAUGAACACAUCAGAAGAAUUAAACACGUAUAUCCAAAAUUAUUCAAUGGAAGAGAUUUGGAAAAUGAUGCUAACAAUGAUAUUACAUAUGAAUUUAAACGAAUAUGUAUAGCUUUACUACAAGCAGAUAGAGAUGAAUUUUUAUUUGUUGACGCAAAUGUUGUACGAAAUGAUGCAGAGGAAUUACGCAGAACAAUGGAACUAACUAUUGGAACAGAUGAAUCACGAUUGAUUGCUAUCUUCGCUACAAGAUCCUAUGCUCAUUUACGAGCUGUAUUUACUGAAUAUAAACGAAUUGGUAAAUAUACUUUGGAAGAUGCGUUAAAAUUCCAAAUGCCUGGACGUACAUUCUUCAAUGUUUUACUUUCUAUGGGUAAAUAA